CCAUGACACACGGAAGGUGACUCGAGCUAGCAUUUAAACAGCUUGUGCGGUUUUCAGUAUACAAUGUUGGAAGUAGCGCCUAUGUGUUGUGUACCUCUCUGCGCCCUGUCCCAGUAGCGCUCUAAAACUACGAUAGAAUUUUCGACUUUAUAACUUCAAAAUUUCAAAAUUAACUUUUCUUUUCUUUCCGCGAUGUUUACGAACUUAAGGAUCGAACUACUUUCGUGUUUGUUACUGUUAAGAAGAUUCAUUACAUCGAACGGUACCACAUCUUUCCAAACUGUUAUACCUUGCAAUGGCAGAGCGGAAAAGAAGAGAGAGCUGGGAGGUCAUCAAUCGCAAGCACGGUAUACAUGCAGUCGAUCGUCGUCCUUUUACUAGUUGGCAAGGUACUGGGCCCCUGGCCCAGUCCCGCUGAUAUGCAUCGAGGUCAUCGUCACUUUUGGAAGUUUCCGUCAUCGAGCGGCUUCUCCAUCGUGCUUUGAUCACCUGAACUGCAACUUCUGGAUAGAAGAAAAAAUGGGGAGAAAUCUCAUGGGGUAUGCAAGAGUUCGAAGCGAUGCCAUCGGACACGGAGGUGAACCCUGGUAGCACAGUGAGUCUGCGGUGCAAAGUGAGGAACCGUCGUGGUGAAUGUGUGUGGUUAAAAAAUGGUUUUGCUCUGGGUAAAAUACCUGGGAAGUACGAACUGGAGCGUGAACCAGCGGAUGGAGAUUGCUCAGUGCACAUCUACAAGGCUACCAUCGAAGAGGACGACGGCGAUUGGCAAUGCCAGGUGACGCAGGUGUCUGUUCAGGAUGCACUGCUUAGUUCCAAGGUCGUCAAGCUUGUUGUUAGAGAGGAACCCCAUCCACCUAGGUUAGAAGAGAGCACGAAUCCCAUUUCACCAGGAGAGCUUUUCAAAACAAAAGCUGACGACAAGAAGAGGUUCCAGUGUGUGUCUCGCAAAGGGAACCCCCCUGCCGCAUUACGCUGGUUCCUGGACGAUCAGGAGUUGACGCUUCUGGCCAACCAGACGAACCAAACAGAUGUCGAGAAAGCACGUACGUGGCAGGCGAUUUCCGUUCUCCACUACGCCUUUGGCAAGAAGGAUAACCGACGUCAGCUCAAAUGUGUCUCCUAUCAUGGGACGUACGAGAGUCCCACCGGCGAGGGUUAUGGCCACAAGGAUGUCAGCGUCACACUGGACGUAAUGUAUCCGCCUGAAAUCAAGUACGAGGGUAACCCACGGGAAGAAGUGGAAGAAGGCGCCCAACUCACCUUGCGGUGUUCGGCUGAUGCGAACCCACCAGCGAACAUUGUCUGGCGAAAGUCGGGUCAGAAUAGCAUUUACGACAUCGACGAGAGCAUUAGUUUCCCCAGCAUCUCGCGGACGGACUCGGGCGUGUACAGCUGCUCUGCCAAGAAUGACUUUGGAGACAGCCCUGAAGUGCAGGUCAACGUCAAUGUCAAAUUUCGCCCAAGGAUACUUCGCGUUGAACCAGCCACGUCGACAACUGUGAACGUCGACGAAGAAAUGAAGCUGUACUGUGUCGCGGAAGGGAACCCACCCCCAAGUGUCAGCUGGUUGCAACAGACGGGAAGAGAUCCGAAGACGUGGACGGUUCGAAGCCGCAGCGCCUCACUUGUGGUGCAGAAUACGACAUAUAGUCAACAAGGAACCUACAUGUGUGAAGCGACAAACACCGUUAAAGACAAGCCUUACAGGGUGGUGUCUCCGGAGAUACGCAUCGACGUUCGCGGACCUCCACAAGUGCUCACGGAAAGUGGCAAGACCCGAGAAAUGGUGAUAGUGAACAAGGACGAAGACGCCUCCAUUCGAGUUGUGUUCUGCUCGGACCCAAGACCACGGGAUUCCUUCUGGGAGUGGGGAGCCUACAAAUUGAAGACUGGCAACGCUCUCAAUCGUUUCAUCGCCGAGCCGCUUCUUUCUGAAGAGGACUUGGAUAACUGUUACGAAUCUCGCCUGAUCGUUCAGCGGGCGGAAGGUGACGAUUCGAGGAAGUUCACACUGCAUGUGGAGAACGACAAAGGGAAAGCGUUCUACUCUGUGGCCUUAGAAGUUCGAGAACCUAUAGCAAUGUCGUUAGUGGUUGGCAUUGUCGUCGGAGGGGUCCUCUUUCUUGUUGUCUUCCUCACCUUGUUCGUGUACCUGCUGAGGUCGCAGAAGAUGUGCUUCAAACGUGGUCAAGAAUUUACUCCGGACGGAGAAAGACCUCAAUCACUAACGAUGCUGGACAGUGAUAUAGGCAGCGCGACAUCGCAUGACACAGCUCCUUCAGAGAAGGUGAAAGCUGACGGAGGCAAUGGAGCUAUUCCACCCGAUGCUCUCUAUUCUGCGCCAAAAACGAACGGCUCCUCCAACGGGACAUCGAAAGGCACUUCCACAGACGGACCUCAGUACGAAAACGUCAAAAACGGGCGCCCAGAGCCUCUCCCUCGUACUGCAGACGGUAGUGUCGUGUAUGCCAGCCUUGACCUUGCUCCGCCAUCUGGUGUCAAGAAUGGAGUUCGCCAGCAGCCGGAGCGAACAGAGUAUGCUGAACUGCAGUUCCAACCAUCUGGUGAACAUGCGGAGUUAUAGGACUCUGUUCUUCACGAAGUCUUCUUCGAAGUUUAUAUUACGGCACAUCGAAUCAAGCGCACAGGAACUGAAUGUGCUAAAUGAACUGCUCUGCAGUAGCAAUUGUCUGGUGCAUCAUACCGCACAAACAUCAUACCGUACAAAUGGUGGACGGCGGCAGCGACAUUGAACUUAGUCGUCUGGAGGUUGAGUGCUGCCAUGAAAGAUGUGUAGUAGCGUUUAUGUAUCAUAUGUUGCUGUCUUUCUGCACCUUGUAUGCCUGGAGGCACAGGUAUGUUCGUCGUGACCACUAGGGUGCAGCUACAGUUUGAUAAUGGGCGUGUGGGUACAGUGAGCAGUUAACGAUAUUUAUUAUGGUUACUGUUACAGACAGGUACGGACGGAAAUGGACGUGCCGCGCCUCUCGGUCUCUGACUUCUCUCCUAUACCAAUCGUGCCUUACAGCUUAAGCCUACCACUUUUCUCUUUUCCUGUAGCUUAGAGCCACGCUAAGUUAUUAUUCGGUUGCAUGCUGUCCUUACAUCGUAUGCAGCUACCUGCGCAUCGCCACCACACCGUCAACGCCGCCAUUUUGCCUGGCAGAACCUGGAAAAGCAUGGCACAAGCGUUGUAUGAGUAGGGGAUUGGGUUUAGCACAGUUUACCAUAAUUAUUAGCCCUCUUACCUGGAAAGUCUUUGGAUACACCACUUUAGAGGCUAUCCGAACAUUGCACGGGCACAUCUAUUCUCGAAACUGACCUUCGAACGACUACGCGGACAGCCCUGAAACGGGAACUUGAAAGCAAACGAAACGCCUCCAUAAUGUAAAAGCGUGAGUCUGAGCUCACAGAGGGACGACACACAACACACGCCUGCUGUCUUUCCAGAUUUCGUGGCUCAACCGCAGUGCGUUCACCUAACUCCACGCCAUAAAGUCCUAAUGUGGUGCUACCACCAGGUAAAGCGCUGCUGGAAAGGUUUUGCGAAGGAGCACCCAGACUGCAGAAAAGCGUUCCGGCACCUGCAUGGGUUAAAGGGAAGCCCAGGCAACGCAAUUCCUUUGUCUACCUUAAGUCGAGUAAUAUCUGCCAAUUCAGAUAGCCGUCGUACAUUAUAUAUUGUGUUCGUACUGUGUCAGUGUCACGAUGUUUCACAGAGCGUAUUUGGGUCAAUAUUUGGAAAACAUUUGUCGUCGGCGGAUUUAAGCGAUUUAGGUACGCACCAAGAGGCCUGAGCUUUAGUCAUGUUUUAAGUGAGUGUGUGAAUGUAUUGAUAUGAAGCGAUUGUAUUGGAAGUCCCAUCCUGUGUCAGAACAUCUCCAAAAUGGAAUAUAAUCCAAUGGGUUCUACCCUUCCCAUUGGGAGCCAGGCUCUCAGUGCACAAGUGUAUCAAGUGAAACUUCUUUGUGUACUUAAAAACUCAUGUUGGUCAGUCAUGCAACGUUUCAACUUCAUGGUAAAUAAUGAACGUAGGUCCUUGCAGAUACUUUACUGCCAUUGAAAGUUCGAACAACAUGAAUUUCCUGUCAUCAAAAGGGGCAUCGAGCUGUUGCCGCUGCUGUGAUGACGAUUUUGCGUCUGUUGCCUAGAGACCUCCGAAGUGGGAAUGCGAUGCAGCAUGGCUCUGUGAAAUGAUGCAGUACUCACUUCUGCAACAGAGUUGCGUAUACUCGCUUGGGCAACAUACGUUAUGUAAACCGAAGCUUUAUGCAGCCUAUACUGAUGUUCGCUCACGUGUUUCACCGGUAGGUGGACGCCUGGUAGCUAAACUGCGACGUUCUAGUAUGAAGGCAUCCACAAUGAACAUGAGGUGUAGCUUAACUGCCAAUGUUUUAUAGGCUGCUUUAGCUCAGCAUUUCAUCACCGUGUUGCACCUAUUAUUGGAGCUCUGUUUAGUAAACACAACAGUUGUUAGCUUGCACUCUUCAACUUGAAUAGCACAAGGAAGUUCUCAUCAUAUGUGCGCGACGGCUUGCAUAACGUAUAGUGCAUAUUCGACCUGGCGUCGUUGCACCGCAUUGUGAAUGUUGCAGUCACGUCUGGAACAGCGGCCCUUCGAAGAGGACUAAUAUGUCUGCAUCGACAUGUGUGAUGAUGAUGUACAGCAUGGCAUUAAAAAUACUAUGUUUCAA